AUGAGGAUAAAAAGACAAACAGCAGAAGCAGCAGCAUGGCAAGACACCCCAUUGCUGCUGCAGCAAAUUGGUGCAGCAGCAGCAAGAGACGCGCCGCUGCAGCUGCAGCGGGCAGUAAGACAGCAGCAGCUUAUGCAACUGCAGCAGCAGCAACCACAGCAGCAGCAGCAGCAGCAGCAGCAGAGGGGACGUCUUUCUUCUGAUCAAUGGAUUGCUGCUGCUAUGCGGGCCUAUGGUAGGGGUUUACGAGAUAUAGAAGCAGCAGCAUGGUUUACAGAUGCUGCUGCUGCUGAUUUGCUGCCGCAGCAACUUGCUGCUGCGCUGCAGCUAAAGUCCUUUUUAGGGUUUUCUUAUUUAAGCCAAGUGUUUGCGGUGUAUGAUGACAGUGCAGCAGCAGCAGCAGCAGCAGCAGCAGGAGAAGAAGAGGAGGGUAUAGGUGUUGAGGGUUUAGGGUUUAGAGGUCUGAAGGUUCUUGCUCAUGAGUUAGGCCACGCAUUUAAGGAACUUCUACAAGAAACACCAGUUCAUUUUACGAAGGAGCGGCCGUUAGACUUUGACGAGACAUUCGCUGUACUCGCUGAGUUAGUCACCCACAGCUAG